AGUGCGAAAGGUUUCAUGGAGUGGCUAGUAAAGCAAAAUUCACAAAAUGAGACUUUCCGUUGGGAAUGCAUCUUUCUUCCUGAUAAUGGUGCGUUCUUUGUCAACUAUGUCAUCACUUCUGCGUUCAUUGGAACAUCACUAGAGCUAAUUCGAUUCCCAGAGCUGUUCAUGUACAUAGUGCGGCUUGCUCUGUCAAGAUCUGAAGCCGAGACUGCCAGUGUGAGACGUGCUAUCCUCUAUGAGUUUCCAUUUGGCGUUCAGUAUGCCUGGAUGUUACUAAUUUUCGCAAUGACUAUCAUCUACUCCAUAUCUUGUCCACUCAUAACUCCAUUUGGUACAUUAUAUAUGAUCUUCAAACAUCUGGUGGACAAGUAUAAUAUCUACUUUGCAUAUGGUCCAUCAAGAAUUAGCCGAAACAUCCACACAUCGGCCAUCAAUUUUGUGAUAGUGUCCAUUGUUUGCCUGCAGCUAAGCCUCCUGUUCUUCUCUGUUGUGCGACAAGGAUUGAAAAAGGAUAUCACUAUAUACAGCAUUGUCUUACUUAUUAUAACAUGUCUGGUGUUUAUCACUCACAAUGCCUUCCACUGGUUCAAAGAUCUUAGCCCUGUGGAGUAUAAGAAGUUUGGCGAUGGUCAAGUGAAUGGUGACUUGGCAUCAGUAAGCGAUGAUGGACAUGAUGAGGAAAUUACUACAACAGAAGUGGCAUGUCAGUUUGUGCCUUCUGUCCUACGAGAUGCCCCCACCGGAGUUGAAUCCAGCUACUCUUUCAUAGCCCAGCCACGUAAUUAUGGAACACGACCACGAGAGGAGGAUGGAUACACAGUAGAUAGUGGCACUAUUAUGAAUGGUGAUGUAAGCCCAAAAACCAGAGAAAAAGAAGAGGCAGAACUUUACCAGGAUUAUUCUCAGCCAAAGGUGAGAUUCCUUAAUUUACUGUUUACAGUAAGCUCCUUGUUUGAAGUUUCUGGUUUUACAUCAGUAAAAUUGUUUCAAUUGAUUGUUGACACAUCUUAUGUUAAUCAUUGGUCCCAGUUCAUUCAUAAACACUACUUAUAAUUCAUAAAAAAUCUA